UGGACCUCAACUACCAGGCCUUCUUAUGGCGGCGAUGGCGGCUUUGUCCGUGCUGUAGUAUUUCACGCUGUAAUUUUUGGGUAAUUUUUGCUCGAAGAAUGCCACGGAAGAGGAAGUCUGCUGUAUUGAAAGAACCAAAAGUUUCCACAGAGACCGAAUUACAAGAUCAGCAACAGAAAGUGAACUUGGUAAAUGAAGAGGAGAAUGAAAAACCCGUCUGUGAAACAACGAACAAACAAGUUCCUGAUCCCUCUCCCCCUGAAAUUGUGGAAGAGGUCUUUACUGCUGAAAGGUUAUUUGAGUAUCAAUGGCCUCCCGACAGAUCAGGAGAGUUUUAUCUUCUGCAGCAUCAAGUGUGUCAGUUUCUGGAAACAGAGGAUCUUGAAGAAAAAAAUCCAGAUUUAGAGAGACAUACGGUAGUGGAUGACGAGAAACUGUACCUCAAAGAGAAGGGAGUCAUCCCUGAUGAAUUGCAAGAAUUAGCAGCAUUUAAGACAGAGGAUGUUUGUCAAAUAAUGAUUGAUGGUUUUCCCAAAAAAUAUAAGGAAUAUAUCAGGGUGGCUCAUGUCAAGGAACGUCAAAGCUUAAUUCGAAAGGCAGAAGAAGAAAAGAGAUCUUUGGAAACUAGAAAAGUAGCAAACUACAUAAAACGAGCCAUUAAAGAUGUUGCAGAGUUCAAUGCUCAAUUAGCUCAGCAGAGAAGAGAAGAGCGAUGUUCAUACUUCGACAUGCAGACUCAAAUCAUCCAUGUACCAGCCAAUAAGACAACACGAUUAUCACGGCCUUGCACCAAACCAAGUUUAUACCCAGUUGCUCUUCUUCCUGGACAAUUCCAGGAAUACUAUAAAAGGUACACUUCAGAAGAGCUGAACAACUUUCCACUUGGUACUGUUAUGGAAAUGCCGAAGCCUCCAUUGCCUCCAGAACCAUAUGUACCUCCACAGCAAGAAGACUCUGAAGAAUCAGAUGAUAUAUCCUUGCCAGAUUCAACAGUGGAAGAAGGUAGUGAUAGUAGUUCUGAGGAGGAACCAGAAGAACCACCAGCAAAGAAAAUACCAGGAAAAUACAAACCCCCAAAACGUCCCAAUGCCCUGUGUGGCAUUUGUCUGAAAGGUCCAGAUUCAAACAAGAAAGGACUGCCAGAAGAACUUAUACACUGCUCCCAGUGCGAGAAUAGUGGACACCCCACAUGUUUGGACAUGAACGCACAGCUGGUUGUAGUGAUCCAGACAUAUCCAUGGCAAUGCAUGGAAUGUAAAACUUGCAUCGUCUGCCGGGACCCUUUUGAUGAGGAUAAGAUGUUGUUCUGUGACGAAUGUGACCGUGGAUACCACAGUUUCUGCGUGGGACUCAAACAGAUACCUGUGGGUCGGUGGACAUGUGACAAGUGUGGUAUGUGUGCAUCCUGCUUGAGAAGAUCCCCAGGUGAAGGACCAACCUCCAGAUGGAAACACGAGUACACCAAACCACGAGACGGAUCAGAAGUACAGUUCUUACAAACCUUGUGUACUGCUUGUUCCAGGUUGUUCCGAGCCGGUAACUUCUGCCCGGUUUGUUUGAAAGUUUACCGCAAUGACGAGUCUGAUUUGCCUAUGGUGUGUUGUGACAUGUGUGACCGCUGGAUUCACACAGAUUGUGAUGGUAUCGACGAAAAAGCUUAUGCACAACUCGCCCGGACGAAAAGCAAGUACAGCUGUGUUCUGUGCCGCGGAGAGAAGCAAGAAAGAAUGGAUUCCUUUCACAGAAAGAACAGGAGCAAGGCUUCAUGAAACUUAUUCAGAUUUGAUUAUGCUAUUUAUAACUUACUUUUUAACUUAUUUUUUGUGUCUUUUUUAUUGUACAGACGUUUUUUGAUGAACUGGUUCUGUAGGUUAUACACAGUUUUGGCCAGUUUGGCACUCUACGAAGGAUAUUAUCUUAAAUUUCCGUAGCAUGGGACGAAUUCACUUUUGUUCGGGGUCGAGUGACUUUCCGUUUGGGGCAAUGUGAUUUUCCUGGUAUGGAAGGGGAGAAAGAGGGGGGAGGGCGAAGGGUGAGGGACUGGGGGGAGAGGGGUGGAGGAACAAGGAGGGAAAUGACCAUAGUAACGGACUGCUUGACCAUCUUCGAAACCCAACCGAAAUUGUGGCAGACUUAACGUUAGUCCAAACCACAAGAGAGAAAAGAUACAAAUGGCAAAACACAAGAGAUAAUCUCUGCAUACCCUAACGUGAUCUUUCAAUCUACAAUCAUCGUAGAGCAGCAUGCCUUGAAUUACAGCGGUUACUGGUUUGCAUGUAGAGAGGCCAAAAAUGUGAUAGAACAGGGGAAGGGUUUAAGGUCGUUUGAUGGCAUUAGAUGCUGCUUGACCUUCUUAUGAAAGAUAACUUUCAUGUCCUAAUGCUAUAACUGAAGGUCAGUUAUAGCUCUGGACCCAACCGAUGUUCGACCAACCCUACUGGACGUCACGGAAAACUUGGAUUUUAACCACAUCAUAAUUUAAGAACGUGUUUAUACUUCCAGUAGCAUGCACCUACUGUUCUGCAAAAUCUUUUUCGAAUCCGAACCUUGAGUCCCCCGCCCAGUCCUCCGAUAGGAGGAAUAUUUAAUAUGUAAUGAACUGGGUACGAGUUACUUUAUAACCCUUGAUAAUUUCAAUGGGGAGCAUUGGUCCCGAUAAAACCCUGAUGGAACGAUGUCACACGACCUUCCUGGCUAAAAUAAGGGAAUGCUCCCCCCCGCCUCAAACGUUCUUCGAGACUCAUGAAAACCGAAUGGAUGGUGACUGUGUAGUCCGAUAAAAGAAAUCUCAAACAGUUUUUAAGUUUUCCUUUUGUAUUGAACUUUAAAUGGGACUUUUGAUUUCUACAAAUGCAACCAGCAUCGUAAAUUGAAUCGAAGAAGAGCAUGACAAACACGAAGCAAUAGAUAACAAAGAUGACUCUAAAAUAACAAGGGAAGACUUGUGGCUCUGUUGAGAAACGAGAAAGACCUGGAAACCAUCGCUGACGUUCUAUAUUUUAUGUUGGGGGUCAGCCAACCAUUUCUGUUUUUCCGAGACGACCAGUCCAGUCUUCAGUAAGAAUAAAUGUGUU